ACUCCCGUGCCUGCACGUCUGCACCGUCCACUGACAUUACACACCACUGCUGUCAUGGGAGAUAAUGAUGAAAGCGAAAUAAUCGAGCACCACGAUGAUGAGGAAAUGGAGAAGAGAAGCACUCCGAGAAAUCAAUCGCAUUCGUUUGUGGAGAGCGUCACAUCGUCGGAGAAAGACGGCCACCGCAGCACGCAGUCAUCACACCGUCUGCUCGCCUACAGUGAUGCACUCAUCUCCAUCAUUGCCACUGUAAUGAUAUUGCCUGUUGCUCAUACAAAAUUUCAGGAUAAUGAGGAGCUGAAAGAGAGUAUACAGACUUUGCUCACUACCAAGGUUGCUGUGUACUUGAUGACGUUUUUGAUUGUCACUGUUGCUUGGGCUGCACAUAUCCGGUUGUUUCAGGUCAUUGAGCGCGUUGACGACACUCUUGCUCUGCUUAACCUGGCUUGUAUGAUGCUUAUAACCUUUCUACCAUACACAUUUUCCCUCAUGGCGACAUUUCCUGAGAAUAUUCUUGGCAUCCUCCUCUUCUGUGCUUGUGUCAUGAUGAUUGGUUUAAUUCAGGUUUUGAUUGUCUUGUAUGGAUUCAGCCAACCUUUCCUCCUGAAUGACCAUAUACAGAUGUCACAGAAUCGGGCUUAUUACAAGCAGCACAUCCUCAAAGUCAUCAUGAGGGUUCCGAUCAUGUGCUUCUUUGCCAGCAUCUUUUCUUUAAUCUUUUUCCAACUGUCCUACGUCCUUUUGGCUAUCAUCAUUUUCCUGCCCUAUAUCUCUCAGUCUUUGAAAUGGAUAUGGAGUAAAGCCAUUGGUGGUCAGGUGGAUGACAGUCCAGAUUCCAUGCUUUUCUACACCUACCACCCCAGCGAACCUUUGAGUAAAGAGCGAGUGGAGGCUUUCAGUGAUGGGGUGUAUGCCAUCGUAGCCACGCUGCUCAUUUUAGAUAUUUGUGAAGACAAUGUGCCUGAACCCUCUGUUGUGAAAAAGCAGUUUGACAACAACCUCACCGCUGCACUUCGUGAGUACGGUCCAGAGUACCUGGCCUACUUUGGUUCUUUUGCCACAGUUGGGCUGCUUUGGUUCGUUCACCACUCUCUCUUCCUGCAUGUGACGAAGGCCACACGCCUCAUGGGCCUCUUCAACACCUUCUCUCUGGCCUUCGUGGGUGGCCUGCCACUGGCAUACCAACUCACACAUGAGUUUCCCAGAGGCUCACGCAAUGAGCUCGAAGCUGUGCAGGCCAGCUGUGUCAUCAUCUUCUUUGCCGGUCUCUUCCAGCUAGCUAUGUGGGUGUCGGCGCUUUUCACCGAACGUGAGACAUUACACCCAUAUGUACGCUAUGGCGGUCGAGAGCACGCUUUCAUGUUGGCCAAACUUUCACUCUACCCCUGUGUGGCACUCGGGACAUACUUUCUCACCUGCAUUCUCAGUCGCUUCAGUGCGCCAAUCUUUCACAUGAUGGAGAUAGGUGUGCCGUUUGCUUUUCUUUUAUUGAGGCUGCUUGUCCGUGUGAUGCUGGUACUGCUGAAAUGGCUGUUCUGUACUGGGAGGCCUGAUGUGGACUGCUUUCCAGUAGAGGAAGUGGAUCCACAGUUGCCCAUUAAUGAUAUAGUUACUUAGCAGUGAAUGGAGGAGACAACAGCUCUAUGUUUUGAUCUAAGAUCAGCUCCCUCCACUGUUCGGGGCUGUUCACACAGCACACGCAUGGGUCUACAAUAUUUAUUUAAGUGUCUGUAUAAGUAAACAUGCACUAGACGGACGUCUUUGACCAUGGCGACGCACUGUUUUCUUUUUCUCUAGAUCCUGCGUUCUGUUCCACUCUAGCUGUCUGUGUUUAGCUGUUUUUGCAAGCAUAAAUGUCCUUUGUGAACAGCUCCUUAUACUAACAUCUAAGGAUAUGGUAGCUUAUGAGGCCCAGUUCAGGUUUCCUUUCCAGGCCCAUAAUCUAUAAUAAAUGAAGCAACUGACAGAUAUUUUUCUAUAUAAGACCCUCAUAUCAUUAAAAUCUCUCCAGUUCUUCUGUAUCACAGGCUAGAGAAAGGACUGAUGGAGUGUGAUCUAAGAUUAGGCCGAAACAGGGUGCAUCAUGCUUUAAGGUGUUUUCUGAUCUCACAGCAGUGAUCAUCUGAAGAGAACCUGUCAUUUUUUUCUCUUUACAGAAAUGCACAAAGCAUUUGGUUUGUUUUUAGCAUCUUUCAGUUUCUACUAGCAUGCUAAAAUGUUAUCAAAUGUUUUCAUGUUGUUGUUUUAGUGUUACAUUCAAGUACCCUGUGGUUUUCACUUUAUUAAUAUGAACUACAAAUGUUGCAGAGAUUUAGGGAUAAAGAUCAUUUAUGUUGAUUUUUAGCAUUAUUUUAUUAUUAUUUAAUUUUUUUUAUUUUUAGUUAAUUUAAUUAGCACUUCUCUUUAACUUAAUGCGAUGGAAAUAUGACUUGCUGUAAAGAGCUGGUGAGCAAUUUAUACAAGAAAAUUAGAUUUGCAGCUAGUAGGAUUUUGUCUGUCUUAGGUUUCACAUUUUAUAAGGCUGAAGAUCUAUAGCAGCUGUGAUUGAGGUCUUCAAGGCAGUAACUGGUAGCAGAAAUCAGUCAUACAGCCACCACAUUUCAAGACGUGCAUUAGUUAAUAAAGUGAAUGCUCAAACUGUCAAUGUUAGAAAUGUAUGAAACCUACAUGACAUGUGAAUAUGAAACCAGUAAAGCACCUUUGAAUAAGGUCCCCAUUGCACUUUAAUGCACAUAUAGCCUAAUCUGGAUCAGCAUGUAUAGAGAAGUCUUUGAUGAGCAUCAAGAUGCAUAAGCCAUUAUAAGAAUUCUUUUUUUUUGCUUAUUGAACUUUGUCCAAAUGUAGUCUGCUUCGGUUUUUGUUUUUGCAGACUGAUUGGCAUUAUAACUGUCUGUUAAAAUUUUAGAGCAUGUUAAAGUACAACAAAGAUACAAUUUUGAGAAUAAACUCAAUUGCU